AUGCUUGCCUCCGAUCGAGGCCAUUCUGUUCAGUACUCGGCACUCGUUCAAGAUCUCACCAUCUUCGCGUAUGGAGAGUCCGAUAGAUAUCUAUCCAUCCUCCCAUUUGUUAGGGCAUUGCGUGGGAUGGUGAACGUCCGCAGGCUCUCUCUACACGUUUCAAGUGACAAUACCGACUACAUCCUCUAUUGUCUGCACAGGGAAGGUCAACUGUCCCUGCCUCGACGAUCCACGCUCCCGUCCUUACGCCAUGUCGUCCUCAAUUCUUCGUCGGAUCUCCUUCCCAUCGCCAGUCGUAGAGAUUUAUUCAGCAUUGUUCUGACUGAUUUCAUGGACGGCCGAGCUGUCGACUACCUGGCUCAUUCACUCCACUUCGACGUCAACCGCACCCACCUCACAAGCCUUCGCAUUCGUAUCAAGGCUGGACUUGACCUCUCACAAACCGUUUUGCCGACACUCCAGGAGAACUUACCGAAACUGGAGACUUUGUCAGUGGAGCAACCGAAGCUGAAUGCCAAGGAGGUUCUGACUGCACUGGCCACAAAUUCGGGCUGGUUCACCGAGAUGCAAUGUUUCGCAUUGAACCCCUCCGCCGGGGUCCUGUACGAGCGGAAAAAGUAUGGAAUUCAGUACCAUUAUCGAGAGCUUAGGUGGCUCUUCGAUGAGAUCUCCGCCUCCCGCAAGUUCUUGAAGGCCAUGAGUAUCGGAACAGUAAUCUAUGUACCGCUUGGAAGGGAUGGCAAGUAUAUCGAAGCCAAGACAGCGUCAGACAAGCGAUGGUGGAACUCCAAAUUUUCCGAUUCCGUUGAUCGUUUUCCGCAGUGUCACUUUUCUGAUUGGGAGGCUUUGGACAAAUCUGGUCAUUACAUUCCCCAUUUGGUUUGUGCAGUCCAUCUACGAUUCCAACCAGGAAGGAUUAAGGUGAUCCAAAUUGACUAUGACUCGCCCCUCUCAUUGGCUUUCCUGACAAUGCUCUCCGCUAAAGACUUGAAGGGCGUUGUCGAGCUACAUUGGCGUGACAAAGGUGAUCCACGCCACGGAGCAGUCAAGUUCACAGGGUCGAUCAGCUGCGCAUUUCACAAGUGCGUCUGGACGGGAACAGAUAUGCGAUCUCGGGAGAGGGUAGUAGUGAAAGCCAUUGCAUUAGCAGACGAUUCCGAGCACGAAGUAACCAGAUUGCAGCGGCUCACACGCUGCUUGGAUCACGCCAAAGCAAAGGGAUUAACGUUAUUUGUGGAUAUCCUGGCGUCCGAGGUCACGAAUGUGUAUUCUGUCGUCUGUCUAACCGCUCAUGGAAUGUCCUUGAGGGAUGUUCUCGAUAUCAAAGAACUUGUCCCAUUGCCUUUGAACCAGGUGAAAGCGUUUUCCCAUCAAAUACUGAGUGGGAUUCAGUACCUGCACACCCAGGACAUAAUCCACACGGAUAUAACACCGAGUAAUGUCGUUCUUGUACAAGAUGACAUCACAUGUUACCAGGAGUAUACAGCCACGAACGAAGUCGUCACAAAGCAUAGGCUGCGAUCCAUUGCAGUCAAAUUGAUAGACCUUGAUGGCUAUUUCGAUUGGAGGGUACAAUGCGAGCCCCGCUACGCUGCUGGAACCAGAGGUUAUCGCGCACCGGAAAUAAGCCUGGGCAUUCCCUGGACCAAAGGCAUCGACAUCUUUAGUUUUGGGUGUACGCUGUGGGAAUUGCACUCGGGUGGAGCUUUAUUCAAUCCCUCUGACGAUUGGACCAAGCAGUUGCGUAUAAUCGAGCGAUUUGCAGGGAAGCUCUCUUCCAACUUUUUCGAACGGCUGAGGAUAGAUGGCUCCCCUUACUCCAAAGAAGACUUCAAGCUUUCCUGGAGGCACGCAGAAGAUAGAGAAUCACAAAUGAUUCAAAUUCGAAGACCCGAUCUUCGAGACUUGCUAAAAGCAUGUCUGCAGGGCGACGAUCGUGUGCGCGUUGGGGUCGAUCAGGCGUUACAACACCGUUUUUAUAACAGCCUGAGUUGA